AUGCAGCUCUUCCUUAUCAACUUUAUCUUGGUCGUCUACACCCUAUCAGCCUUUGUCCGUGCCGAUGCUGUCACAGAUGCAAUUCACUUGCAGGGCCUCGCUUUCAACACGGCGGACACUGUUUUUGCUUCAUUGAAUGGGACUGCUUAUCUCGUGGGUUAUGCAAGGUUGAUGGGAGAGGUGAAGACUGACGAGCUCAGNAACACGUCGGAUCUUGUCUCUGGAGUCAGCGCCGCUAUUCAAAGAGCAGAUUUGAGCAUGAUGUCCAACGUCGUUCGUCUUGCCUUGGGUCUCAAUUCAUCAUUGGGAGCCUUGUUGACCUCUUGCAGNUCCUCUCCGGCCACCACAAAUCUGACUAUUCCANNGUACGUCAACUCGAUGCUCUAUCUCGCCGACACCGUUCAACGCCGCGGUCGCCUCUUCCACUCGGAGUUGAACCUUCCAGUGUAUCAAGCUCUUCAGAAUCUGUCUUCUGCCGUCUCUGUGAGCGUGGACUUCAGGCUUCUGUGCGCCAUAACCAUACUAACGUCUUGUACANNGACUUAUGGUCACAACCUCAUGUCACGAAACUUGAUCCAGAGAAACAGUACCAUCCGUACCUUGACUACCGGCAGUGCUAUCGUCAGAGCACAAAGUGCAUGGGCCAACAAUCAGAACUACCCUGGCAAGAGGGAGACUUCGAGCUGGUCGGGAUGA